AUGGCGGUCCUCCUCGUCGGCCUGGCGGCGGCGCAGAGCCCCGCCCCGUCGCCGGCCCACACCCCGUCCAAGUCGCCCUCGGUCUCGCCCAAGGCCUCGCCGUCACCUUCUCCGGCGGCGACGAUGACCCCUCCGCCGGCCUCCGCCCCGUCUCCCGCCGGCACCGUCACCUCGCCUCCGUCGCCGCCGCCCUCGCCGCCGUCUCCCGGCCCCGGGGGCCCCGCUCCGGGAUCUCCGACGUCGAUCUCGACGCCGCCGGCCGUGGCGCCCGCUCCUGCUGGCAGCGGGGCCGUGAGCAACGGAGUUGGCUUCGCCGGGGCGGUGGCGAUCGGCGCCCUCGUCGUCGCUGGUCUGGUCAUCUAG